AUGUUUGGGUAGUUCCCACCAAUGAUGAACUAAAUGCCAUCUGGAAUGCCAUUACCACAAAUGUAAAUGCCUCAGUAGUAAUACAUGCCAUAGCAAGCAAUGAUGUCUCCUUAAUUCAACCCAUCAUAAUAAAACAACAUGAUGACUCAGAUGUUUAAUAUGAUGCAAAAUCCUCUAAUGGCUCAAGAGUUCCAGAAAUUUUUAUCCCAAUAGAUGAGUGGUGGAAAUCAAGCAAACACUCAACCAAGCACAAAUGAUUCAAAGAAAACAUCAAAACCAGUACAAAAUUUGACUUAAAAUCCUCCAUCAGCAGCUCCAAAAGAAAAUCAAUCAUUAGUUAAGAAACCCAGAAACUCAUUUAUCUUCUUCAAAGAGCACAUUAAGAAUGAAUUGAUGACAGAAUGCCCAGGAUAAGCAGUUUGCUAAUUAAUGGCUCUUGCUGGUUAGAAAUGGAAGGCACUCAGUGAUGAAUAAAAAUAACAGUUCUAAAAAAUGGCUACUGAUGACGUUGAGAGAUACAAGAAAGAAUUAAAUCAAGAAAAAUCAGGACAACUUUCUGAUCCAGUUGGCAGUAUUGGAACUAAACCUUAAAAUUAUAAGAAAAAGAGUGGCGACCAAAGUCAGUUGAAGGGUGAAGAGUUCAAGAAGACUAACCCAGGAAUCAAGAUCCAAGAAAUCACAAAGUAAGCAGCAGUCGAAUGGAAAAGCCUCACUGAUGACCAGAAGAGUCAUUACAAAUAAUUAGCUGAUUAGAAAAACGCUUCAACUGAUGAUAAGUAAUCUAGCAUUAAUUCUCAACCAACAAUGGCCCCACAACAGUCAUUCCAACUUGUUAAUCAGAUCGGUACAGGAAAGAGAGUAGGAGCUGUAAAUCCAAUGAUGACAGGAUUACCUCAAAUUAGUGGAGGGAUGGCUGGAAUGCCUGGACAUUUAAUGCCUGGAAUGAUGAUGAGUCAAAUUCCCUAAUAAUUCAUGACUCCUGUUGCUUUUGGAGCCCCUAAUUGA